ACGCUGCUUGCUACCGGGGAAACGGAGUUCUGAGGGUAUGAGGCACAGUGCCGGUGGACUGAAAACUCCCGCCAUUUCGACAGGGAAUUAACCUCCUCUUAGCUGAUUAAGGUUACUUUCUCGCAACGCUUGCUCAACGCUGUUACCUGACGCCAAGGAGCUUCAGAGCAUGCAGCGGGUACAGUUUAAAAAGGAGCAGGCCUAAUUUGCGAACACUUGCUCGGGACUGUACAGCCGCCAGACCUGCUGUUGACUGACGGUUACCGCGAGUUUCAUUUUGGUGCGGUUCGCAUCCUUUCACGUUCACCCGAAGGUGCUGAACUUUAACAACUGAGUCCGGGGACACGUCUGCCAGCGUGUUUUCUACCUAAGGUUCAGCGUAAAAAACAGCCUGACACCACUUCCAGAAGAGCGAAGGAUGGUGCGAUGAGGCCGGCGGCGAGAAGCGGCGCACUGUUAUUGUUUUGCAACGAGAUAACCCAGCCUGCUAGCUAGAAAGCUAGCUGCUACACGCUGAGAGCCGGGCCUGCCGGCGGUAACGUGAGACGUGCUAUCUGUCGACUCUGACAUUUUUAAAACUGGGAUACAUGCAAAGGACAUACCAUUGUGUACUAUUGUGCUAGUUUGUUGCUAGAAUAUCUGUUUUUACUUUCGGCACUUGUGCCAUCUCUGGAUUUGAAAUGGCACCGCUUUUGGGCCGGAAACCGUACCCGCUGGCUAAGCCGCUAGCCGAGCCACCAGGCCCGGGAGAGGAGGUCUACAUCAUCGAGCACACCAAGGAGGCCUUCAGGAACAAAGAAGAGUACGAGGCCCGCCUACAGAGGUAUAAUGAACGCAUUUGGACAUGCAAGAGCACUGGAAGCAGCCAGCUCACUCACAAAGAGGCAUGGGAGGAGGAACAAGAAGUCACCGAACUGCUUCAAGAGGAGUAUCCAAAGUGGUUUGAGAAACCAGUCCUUGAGAUGGUUCACCACAACACAGUGUCUUUAGACAAACUGGUUGAGAUGGCUUGGGUGGAAAUCCUCACCAAAUAUGCUGUGGGUGAAGAGUGCGACUUCCUGGUGGGGAAGGAGAAAAGUUUGCGAGUGACGGUGGUAAAGAUCCACCCCUUGGAAAACACAGAGGGUGAGUCGGGGGAAAAGAAACUUGAAGGCGCUUGUGACUCUCCAUCCAGUGACAAGGAGAACGCAAGCCAGGAAAACCAGAGGAAGGAGCCUCCUCCCCGAGAGGAGAACAGGAGGGAGAGUCUGAGUGACAGAGCACGACGUUCUCCGAGGAAACUACCCACUGCCAUGAAAGAAGAGAGGAAGAAAUGGGCAAUGCCUAAAUUCCUUCCUCAUAAGUAUGAUGUAAAGCUCAUCAAUGAGGACAAGGUGAUCUGUGACGUCCCAGCGGACAGUCUUUAUAGAACAGAGCGCCCUCCUACCAAGGAGAUCAUGCGCUACUUCAUCAGACACUAUGCUCUAAGGCUGGGCAUGGGAGAAAGUGCUCCCUGGGUGGUUGAAGAUGAAUUGGUGAAAAAAUUUAACCUGCCCAGCAAAUUCAACGACUUUCUUCUCGAUCCACACAAGUUCUUGGCAGAGAAUCCCUCCACGAAGCGCAAGAGCUUGUCAUCUCCAGAGGGUAAGCCUAACAAGAAGCUCAAGACUGCUGACACUCCAGGAGAAGAUUCGGGCAAUGAGAAGGGAGAAAAGAAGAAGACAAAGAAGAAAGAUGCUUUAGGCAUGCCCCUUAGUCCCACCAUCUGGGGCCACAUGCAGAAAAUAAAAAUGAAUGGUUCUCCACUCAAGGUAAAGAACUCAGGAACCCCUAAGAAAGGAGAAGGUAAAGGCUCCACUCCCUCCACUCCGAAAUCUGGCAAAAAGUCAGGGGACAAAAAAGAAGGAAAGAAAACUGGAAAAAAUGGUGAGAAGAAACUCAAUGUUCUCAAAGCAUCCAAAAAGGACGGUAAAGCUGGUGCUAAGGGGCCAAAGAUGAAGCAGAUGACUUUGCUGCAUCUGGCUAAGAGCGGUGCUGCAGGAAGCCCAAAGAAGAGAGCUCGUAGUUCUGGCAUUGGUACACCGAAACUUGGGAAGCCACUACACCCUAUGGCUCUCCACCUCCUUCGUUACUACAAGGAGAACAAGGGUAAAGAGGAUAAGAAGAACUCCCUUUCAUCCCUUAUCUCAAAAGCUGCCAAGACCUUGUCCCCAGAUGAUCGUAGUCGCCUGCCAGAGGAACUCAAGGAGCUAGUGCAGAAACGCUGGGAGCUUCUGGAGCAGAAGAAGCGAUGGGCAGCCAUGAGUGAAGAGGAAAGGAAGGAAGAGAUGAAGAAGAGGCGUGAGGAACUCAAAGAGAAGUUAAGAGAAAAGGCCAAGGAGAGACGAGAGAAGGAGAUGCUGGUCCGCCGUGAACAGUCGCGCCGAUACGAAGAUCAGGAGAUCGAAGGUGGCAAGCCUCUGCCUGCGUUCAAGCUUGUGGACAUGCCUGAGGGGUUGCCCAACACAUUGUUUGGGAAUGUGGCCAUGGUUGUGGACUUCCUUCACUGUUACUCAGGGCUGCUGAUGCCAAAUGACCAGUAUCCCAUCACAGCAGCGGCUCUGAUGGAAGCGCUGGCUGGGGAACGGUCUGGCUUCCUUUAUCUAAACCGUGUGUUGGUGGUGCUGCUCCAAACAUUACUGCAGGAUGAGCUGGCUGAGGGCUACAGUGAGCUCGACAUGCCCUUAUCCGAGAUUCCUCUGACUAUGCACUCAGCUUCCGAGCUGGCACGGUUGUGCCUGCGACCGUGUGACGCUCACGGUGAGGAGAGCGGCCAGGGCUCUGAAGACUCUGGGGCCAUGGGUGGAUAUGACGAUGUGGUGACCAGCGAGUUCCUGGAUAAACUCGAGACAACCGAGGUGUUUGAGCUGAGCCCCGAGGAGAAAGUCAACCUGUUAGUGGCGCUGUGCCACCGAAUCCUGAUGACGUACUCUGUGGAAGACCAUGUUGAUGCAAUGCAGCAGCGGUCAGCUGAGCUGUGGAAGGAGCGUUUGGCAAUGCUGAAAGAGGCCAAUGACCGCAAGAGAGCCGAGAAGAAGAGGCGGAAGGAGAUGGAGAACAAAGGUGAGAAGAAAAAAGAAGGGUCUUCUAAAAAGGAGGUCAAAAAGGAAGUGAAGGUUGAGCCAGAACCAGAGGACAUGAUCAGCUCAGUGAAGAGCCGGCGACUAAUGGCCAUGCAGGCUAAGAAGGAGAAGGAGGAGAUGGACAGACAGAACAAAGAACGCAUGGAGAAGGAGGCUGAAGAGGAGCGGAUGCGUAAACAGAGGGCGGCUGCAGAGAGGGCUUUUCAGGAUGGAAUAACCAAAGCAAGACAAGUGAUGCGCAGGACUCCUCUAGGUACCGACAGAAAUCACAACAGAUUCUGGCUUUUCUCCGAUGUGGUUCCUGGUCUGUACAUCGAGAAAGGCUGGGUGCAUGAAAGCAUAGACUACAGCUUCACCCCUCCACCAGAGGAAAAACCAGCUGAGCCUGAGGUAGAAGAGGAGGAGGAUGGUGAGGCAGCCCCUGCUCCUGAUUCACAAGGAACUGAAAAAGAUGAUGGCAGUGUAGAUGGUGCUGUUAGUGAAGGAGCCCAGCAGGGAGCACCACCAGAUGUUUGUAUAGAAACUACUGUUCCCAAACAGGGACAGAACCUUUGGUUCAUAUGUGACAGUCCAGCUGAGCUGGAGGAACUGGUGGAGAGUCUUCAUCCUCAGGGGGUCAGAGAGAGUGAACUAAAGUCAAACAUACAAAGCAGGUAUCAGGAAAUACUCCACUCCAUCCAUUUGACCCGGAAAGCCAGGCUUGGCCUCAGGACCUGUGACGGCUAUGCAGAGCUACUCAAAUAUCUGCGUAGCGACAUCCAGGAAGUAGCCUCACGCCUGCAGAAGGGCGGCCUCGGGUACCUGGACGAUAACGUGGACAUUGAGGAUAAGUUGAAAGACAUGGAGAGCCUGAAAGACUUCGGCGAGUGCAUCAUCACCAUUAAGGCCUGUGUAAUCAAAAAGUUCCUGCAGGGGUUCAUGGCCCCUAAGCAGAAGAAGAAGAAGAAGCAAGCAGGAGAGGAAAGCAGCAAGGCUGAAGAGGUGGAUGAGGAGAAGCGGUUGGCAGAAGAGGCCAGGGUAGCAACAGCAGUGGAGAAGUGGAAGACCGCUAUCCGAGAGGCGCAGACAUUUUCCCGCAUGCACGUGCUGCUGGGAAUGUUGGAUGCUUGCAUAAAGUGGGACAUGUCUGCUGAGAACGCUCGCUGCAAAGUCUGUCGCAGGAAAGUGCUCUGGGAGAACCCAUCUGUGCUGAGGUUGGAGGAGUGUAGAUCCAGGCAGGGCAGCAACUGCAGGGUCAAAGCACAUCAGAGUAGUAGUGUCAGGCAGAUCUACAUACGGAGCCAACCACUCCGCAGGCCGACAGGUGAUGAUGAGAAACUUAUACUCUGUGAUGAGUGCAACAAGGCCUUCCACUUGUUCUGCCUGCGACCGGCUCUCUACCGGGUCCCCGAUGGAGAGUGGCUGUGCCCAGCCUGCCAGCCAACUGUGGCCAGACGUGGCUCCCGCGUAAGGAACUAUAAGCAAGACUCUGAUGAAGAAGACGAUGAGGAGGAGUCUGAAGAGGAGGACUCUGAGGAAGAGGAAGAGGACGAAGAAGAGAACGACUACAAAGCCAUGGGACACAGCUUGAGACCAAGAAAGAAAAAUAAGCAGUCUUCAUCACGGCAGAAAAGCUCAAAAAGUAAAUCAAAGAAGUCGGCCUCUUCUAGUAAUCAGAGCGGCAAGCAGAGAACAGGCCCCAACAGUCCUGCAGACAUCGACGAACUGGUGCGACAGAGCUCCCAGACAGGAGUGAGCAGACAGGUGCUGGAGCUGGAGAGGUGUGAGGAAAUCCUCAAGAAGCUGAUGAAAUUUCGCUACAGCUGGCCUUUCAGGGAGCCUGUUUCCCCUGAAGAGGCAGAGGACUACCUGGAUAUCAUCUCUCAGCCCAUGGAUUUCCAGACAAUGCUGGGCAAGUUCAGCCAGGGCUCGUACCGCCACGCCCAGGAAUUCCUGGAAGAUGUAAAGUUGGUCUUCUCCAAUGCCGAGGAGUACAACCAGCAGGGCAGCACCGUGCUCUCCUGUAUGGUCAAGACGGAGCAGACGUUCACCGAGCUGCUCCAGAAGCUGCUACCUGGUCUCAGCUACAUCCGGCGGCGUUCCCGCAAGCGUGUCAACCAAGCUCCUGCAACAUCGGAGGAGGAGGAAGAAGAUGAGGAAGAGGAAGAAGAGCCCAAGAAGAAGAUGACAAAUGGAAAAUCUCAUGCAAGGAAAACAACCAGAAAUGAUCGAAGACGGAAGGAUGACGACAGCGAAAGUGAGGAGGAGGAGGAUGAUGAUGAGGUGGAUGAAGAAGAGGGAGGAGAUGAGGAUGAUGAGGAGGAGGAGGAUGAUGAUGAUUAUGAUAAUGAUGAUGGCAGGAGGAGAAGUAAGAGAACCUCUGCCACCUCGGGCCGGAAGGAUUACAGGGAGCAGGAUAGCGACGGCGAGCGGGAAACACGAAGAACUCGUAAGCGCAGGGGCCGGGGCGACGAGGCAGCGAGCAGUGACGAGGACCGGUCAAACCAGCAGCGACAUUCCAAGAGACAGAAACGCUCGUGAAAUCCAGGGUGCUGUUUGUUUUCUGUCAUCUCUCCUUUGCUUUAAAAAUUUCUGUCCCGCUCCUCAGAACGAUGACCACGAGCGCCUCAUCUCCUCCUCACACAGCCAGCGGGACCUAAUCCUCAGAGGGACUUUUUUUGUGUUAAUAAGUCUAUGCUCAUAUUUUGGAAAAACAAGAGAAGAAAACUGAUUUAUAUUUGUAACAUGUUUAAUAUUGGUGAUGUUUUUGUUUGUUUUUGUUUUUUUUCCAACCCAGAAAAAUGAGACAUUUGAGAUAAUCGAGAGGUCCUCAUAGCUCUUAAGAGUCUUCGAUUUAAAGUCGACAACCUCACACACAAGUGUAAUUUGACUUAAAUGUUGUGAACUGCUUUGUGUCCUCUCCAAACGCGAGUACAGUGUAAUCAGAGGGACUUGUCUUCGCACUUAGUUGAGACAUGGCUUUACUGGUGUGCUUCAGGAAUGAGUCCAGCUAGCUCUCUGUCCCUGCUCCCCCCCCCCCCCCCCCAAGCAUCUGUGACGAGUCGCUGACUGUAACAGUUCGUGUUGCUGUGUCUGAAACAAUCUAAGUUUGCUGAUUGCCGUCACUUGUAAAUUGCUCUUUCUGUGAAGCAUCUUGCUUACAAUCUUUGGUUAAUUCCAUGUUCAUAGGUAAACACCAUAGGAUUUUACUAGAUUUAGUAUAUACAUAUAUAAAUAUACAUAUAUAUUUUCCCUCCUAGCCCAGGUUUAAAUCUUUCGUCCAAAGCUGGGCUGAGACUGCAAAUCAAAAUCCCUUUUCAGACACAAGAUUCCCAGCUUCCUCAAUCUUGUUAGUGACAGCACUGAGUCACUUUUCAGGCUUCACAGAGCCCCGGGACAUUCAUAGUAACCACAGGCUGUUUAGAAGUUGGAUGUAGCUACCGUGAUGUCAUCCACUGGUUUGCGAAAUCCUUAUUAUGAAGCCUUGAGAUCACGCUGUGAAGCCACACAUUCGCUGGCAAAUUUAUCAAUCACAAGAAAGAAAAAGCGAAAUGUGUUAUGUGAAGCUGUUAGAAGGAAAGGAAAGAAGCUUGUGUCUGAAAGGGGCUUUGUAGUCCAAUCACUUCACCGUCUCAAACAAAAAAACAAAACAAAAAAGCUUCAUCCCAGCUUUCGGUGCCAAGAUGUUAUCAGGGACGGACUCUGAGUCUCCCCCUCUUUGUCGGCUUGUAGAGCUGUUCGACCUUUUUCCUCCUCUGUAGUGCCCUGCCACUUUAAAGGUACCUCAAAUGAUCCGUCAGUUUGCACUCCUCCUGUGUAAAGUACACUUAAUAUGCCAGCAGCUGCAGGACCAUACUAUAUUUGAAAUUAUGUGCAUAAACAUUUGUAAACAGUGUUUAAAAGCAGCAGAUGUGAUGUUUGUUAAGACAAAUGGGCAUUUUUUUUAACCUUUGAUAAUUUUUGCACUUUUAUUUGGUUAUUUGUAAAUAAUAAAUAGUACCCAGGAACUUGCAAGGUUUUAAAACAGGGCUCUCUUCAGAACGUGCCACGAGUUAUUUUACUUCUUGCAUAGUCAACAGCAGAAAUCUUCCCUUUUUUAUGUUUUAUGACACACAGUGAGCCCUGUUGUUCAGCUCAAUUAAAUUAGUAGCUCAGACUUGGGGUAAAGCAGCUCUUUAAAGGUAAAUCAAAGGUUUUCCAGCACAUUUCCUGGUGUGGUCACCAGGUGGCGCUCUAUACCUGCACUUUUAUUACUCUUGUGCCAGCAUUUUCCAAGUACUUCAGCGGCAGUGCUGCUAGCUGUACUCCUGUACCACCUGCCUGUCACUGCAGGGGAGCUUCAUAGUGCUGGGAUAUUUUAGCUCUUAGUGUGCAGAAGACCAUGUGUAGUUAUUCGGUUGCCUGCCAUCAAAUGUGUGUGUAUAUAUUACCUGUAUACUGAUGUGGCAGUGGCUGGGUCGCCCUCUUUUGUCUGUACUGUGCUGUGCCGUUCGCCCGUGUUAUUUCUAGUGCUGUUACCAUCGAGGCUUUCCUGUUUUCUUUCGGCCACUGAUUGUUUUUGCCCCGUAUUGUUUUUGUUUAAAUUCAGCUUCCCGACACGAUUAACAGCUGUCAACAAUGUUUGUAAAAAUUGACGUUUCAACAAACGAGCAAACUGCCCUUCUCAAAAUGAGAUCUGACUGUAAAUGCUUUCUUUGUACUUGGAGCAACUGCAAAAUCCUUUUACACCUCCUUUUUUAUAUAUAUAUUUAUAGUCUCUAAAAGUUGGGUUUGGGCAAGUUCUGAGGAUUCACUUGUAAAGAAUUUCCAAUAAAGGCUAUGGAUGAAGA